AUGCGGAGCCUGGUGCCCCUGAGGAAGGCGGGGAAGGGCCCGGGGCUGGAGGCGGCCCUGGCCGGCAGCGCGGAGCCGGCGGCGGCCCCAGUGGACGUGGAAUUCUCCUGGCCCAAGUUCGCCAGGCUGAGGAAGGCCAAGAGCGCCAGCGAGGGGGGAGCUGGGCCGCCCGCGGCUGCGCGGCAGCUCCCCGACGUGACUGUGAAGCUCCCCAGGUUCGGCCUGGCCCCGCAGGGGGGCGCGGCGGAGAGGGAGCCCCAGGCGGACGGGAAGGUGGGGAAGGCCGAGCGGGGGAGCCCCGAGUUGAAGGCGAGGGGCCCCAAGAUCAAGCUGCCGAGCUUCGGGCUCUCCCUGCGGGAACACAAGCCCGAGGCGGCCGCCAAGGCGAAGGAGCCGGCCGCGGACGCGCAGGGGAGAUUCCCUGGGCUGAAGGUGCCCUCCGUCGACCUCUCUGUGCCCAAGGCCAAGAUGGAGCUGGCGGGGCUCGCCGGCGAGGGGAAGGCCAAAGCCCCUGCUGGGGAGGCGCCGGAGGGUCCCGAGUUCAAGUUCCAAGUGCCUCAGGUGUCGCUUCCCAAGUUGGACCUCUCGGGCGCGGCCGGGAGAGCAGAGAGCAAGGCCCAGGCGCCUUCGCCCACAGCCCCGGAGGCCGGCGGCCUGGAGCUCCCGAGCCCCGAAGUCGGGACCCUGGAGGCCAAAGUGAAGCUGCCCUCGGUUGAAAUUUCGGCGCCCACGCUCCCGGAGGUGACCAUCGAGGCCGGCCUCCCCGCGGAGCUGCUGGCCGCCAGCGGGAAAGCGCCGGAGCCCGACGCCAAGCUGAAAUCGCCCAAAUUUUCUUUCCCCAAGUUCAGCAUCUCCGGCCCGAAGGGGAGGCGAGGGGGCCCGGAGGCUGCAGCGGAGCUGGAGGCGGAAACCGCAGAAGCCAGCGGCAAAGGGGUGAAGCUGAAGAUGCCGAAAUUUGGCCUCUCGUUCUCCAGGGCGAAGGCAGGGGCGGACGCGGGCGGGGCCGGGCUCUUGGCGGAGGGGGAGGGGAAGUCUCCCAAGGGGAAGGCAGAGAUCCCGGCCCCCCCUAUCGAGACGGGCGCCUCUGACGGCCACGUGAAGCUGCCCUCCGUGAAAGUCCCCGCGGUCGACAUCUCUGCGCCCAACGUGGGGGUGGACAUCGGCCUGCCCAAGGGGAAGGGGGACGCCUGGGGAGACGGGGUCCCGCCGCCGGACAUAAGCAUCGAGGGCCCAGACGUGACGCUGAAGAUGCCGAAAUUUUCGCUGCCCAAAUUUGGGGGCAAGAGCAAAGAGGAGGCACUGGAGCCGGAGCCAGAGCCCCGCAAGGGGGAAGCGAAAGGCAGAGCCGAGGCAGAGCCGGAUGGGAAAGCCAAGGGCAAGGAGGCCAAGAUGAAGAUGCCCAAGUUCAAAAUGCCCUCCGUGGGCAUUGCCAAGAGAGAGGGGGAGGUGCCCGGGCCCAGCGUGGCAGCUCUGGCGCUCGCCGAGAAAGCAGCCGGGAGCCCGGAGAAGGCAAAAGGGCCCUUUGUGAAGAUGCCGACGCUGCAGAUCUCCUCCCCCAAGGUGGGGCUGGACACAGAAGCCCACGAGAGAGGCGCCCACAGCCCUGCCCUCGAGAUGAAAGUGCCCCAGGUGGAGCUGCCGGUGUUUGGAGCCAAGGCGGAGAAGGCUGGCGUGGCGGCGGCCGAGCGACCGGACAGCCCCGGUGCCCGGCUGCGAGCGGGCCUGGUGAGGAUGCCCGCGCUGGAGAUCUCCGUGCCUCAGCAAGCGCCUUCCUUGCAAAUCUCCGUUCCCGGGGGGGGAGCCGAGGGGGAGCCGGGCACGGGCGUCUCGGAGGGGCGCGAAGGACACGUGAAGAUCCCCAAGGCGCCUUCCCUCGGCAUCUCGGCGCCCGCGCUGGACCUGGACCUCCGCCUGCCCAAAGCCAGCGUGCCGGAGCCGGGCCAGCUGCCAGAGGGGGGCGCCGCCCUGGAGAAAGCAGAGAGCAAGAUGAAAUUGCCCCAGGUGGAGCUGCCCCGAUGCAGGGCAGAGGCUUUGCUGGGGGCAGGCGUGGACAGAGAGCGGGGUGGCACCGAGGCAGAAAUGCACCUUCUCCAAGGGGAAAAGCCCAAAGGGCCUUCCAGGCAGGAGCAGAAAAUAGCCCUGGAGCUGGAAGGGGACAAAUCCGCCCCCGAUGCCGCCGAAGGCUCCCUGCAAGGCUCCAAGUUCCGGGUGCCCAGAGUAGACAUUUCCUUGUCCAGAGCCAGGCUGUCGGACGCCGAGGGGCCUCUGGCCGCGGGGGAGAGCCCCCUGCAGGGCCUGGAAGAAGCCGAGGGCAAAUUUAAGCUGCCGGCGGUUGGGCUCCCUAAGCGAAAGCCGCGGAGGUGGGAAUUGGCGUUGGCUUCGGCCGCGGGCGAGACGCCGCCCUGGACGCGUCCGGGCUGCAGGGGAAAAUGCCCAAAGUCGAAGUGAGCGGCCCAAAGAUGAAGCUGCCGAAAUUCGGGGGAGCCAGUGCUGAGGACCAAGGGGAGGCCGAGAGAGACGCGGCCAAAGCCCCCCAGGUGGAGCUUAAACCCCCCAGGCUCUGGGGCAGCCCCGAGAGCCCGGGCGGCGAAGGGAGGGGGAAAGACGCCCAGCUCCAAAUGCCGUCGGUGCCCAUCGGUGGGCAAGGCAGAGGGGGCAGCCAGGACAGAGGACUUGGAGGGCAGGUUCAAAGUGAAGAUGCCCUCGUUCGGGAUUCCCAGAGCCGGGGCCGAGGCCAAGAGGGGCGAGUCCGGGACGGACACCCAGCCCCUGUGCCCCAUGGCCGAGACAGUGGACUUCUCCUUUCAAGUGCCCCAGCUGGCCAUCCCGGACGUGGGGUUCUCGGUGGGCCCGGGAGACGCCGGGGCGGGGAGAGAGGCCAGGGUGAGGGGCAAGGAACCAGCAGGUGCUGCAGAGGAGGGGGAUGUGGGAGGGUUCGCGGCCAGGCUGAAGAGGCUGCCGUUCGGGCUCUAGAGGCC